AUGAAAUAUAUUUUACUUUUUUAUACUUUGGUUAUUUUCUUUUACAACACACAAUAUGAUUAUGUCGAAAAGAAAAAAUAUAUGACUUGUUUCCCUUCGGUAUCUGAAAAUGAUGAAGUAGACAUUUUUUAUAAUAGUCCUUCCAGAAUUGAAGGGGGAAAAAGAAAUCAUAGAAUAUUAGAUGGACUUUUAAGAAAAGGUAGGAAAAGAAAAAGAAGAAGAAAUAAAAGAACCAGAAGAAAUCGAACACAAGCUAGGAAAAAUAAAAAUAAAAGGAAAAAGAAAAAAAAAAAUGAAAAACUAGCGAAACGGAGAAGAAGAAGAGAAAGGAACAGAAAAAAAAAACAACUAAAAAAAGAAAAACGAAGAAGAAAAAAAAACGAAAAGAAACAAAAAAAAGAAAUGAAAAGGAAAGAAAAGGAAGAAAGAAAAAGAAGAAAAGAAGAAGAAAAAUUAAAUUUGAAAUCGCAAGAAAAUAACAAUUCACUUAAUCAAAAUAAAUUUAAUGAUAAUAAUAAUAAUAAUAAUGAUGAUGAUAAUAAUGAAGAUGAUAAUAAUGAAGAUGAACAUGAAGAAGAUAUGAAUGGAGUAAAUAAUCAAAAUGGUAAUUAUGACAAUACACAAAAUAAUAUAAAUAUUAAAAAUGGAAAAGUACCAAUAAAUAAUAAUAAUAUGGAAUCAUCUAAUCAAAAUAAUAAUCCAAAUAAUAAUACAACAAAUAUUCAAACAUAUAAAAAAAAUAAUGCUUAUUCACAUUCAUAUGAAGAUCAUAAAAACUACCCACUCAACACAUAUAAUAAUGAUAUACAUACAAAGGUUAUUGACCUGGACAAAUUAGAACAUACUUCCAAAACAGAAAUUAUAGAAAAGCUUAAGCGGGCUAUAGAAAUGUUACAAUGA